UGCGCAUGCUCAAUGCGCAUUGGAAGCCAUGUUGGAGCUACAGUGGGUUCGGGCUGGGAUUUUCUGACGCCGUAUGUUUUUCUUAAAAUAUCUGUUUUCAUAUAUUGUCGGAGUUCGUCAAACGUCCGCGAUAAUCGGCAUUGGAAAUGAUGAACUCCAGUGUCGACUUGUCCCGGCGGAAUCCGCAGGAGGAUUUCGAGCUGAUCCAGCGGAUAGGAAGCGGCACAUACGGAGAUGUGUACAAGGCCCGUAAUGUAAACACAGGAGAGCUGGCUGCUAUCAAAGUCAUUAAACUGGAACCUGGUGAGGACUUUGCUGUCGUCCAGCAAGAGAUUAUAAUGAUGAAGGACUGUAAACACUCCAACAUCGUAGCCUAUUUUGGCAGUUAUCUCCGGAGAGAUAAGUUAUGGAUCAGUAUGGAGUACUGUGGAGGAGGUUCUCUGCAGGAUAUCUAUCACGUAACCGGGCCUUUGUCAGAGUCACAGAUAGCCUACAUGUCACGGGAGACCCUGCAGGGUUUAUACUACCUACACAAUAAAGGCAAAAUGCACAGAGACAUUAAGGGAGCCAACAUCCUCCUGACAGACAACGGCUAUGUUAAACUGGCUGACUUUGGUGUAUCGGCCCAGAUUACAGCAACUCUAGCCAAGAGGAAGUCCUUCAUUGGAACUCCGUACUGGAUGGCUCCAGAGGUAGCAGCAGUAGAGAGGAAAGGAGGUUACAACCAGCUGUGUGAUAUCUGGGCUGUGGGGAUUACUGCAAUAGAGCUGGCUGAACUACAGCCACCCAUGUUUGACCUGCACCCCAUGAGGGCUCUCUUCUUAAUGACCAAGAGUAAUUUCCAGCCUCCUAAGUUGAAAGAUAAAGUGAAGUGGACAAAUAACUUUCACCAUUUUGUAAAACAGGGCCUCAUCAAGAACCCAAAGAAGAGGCCCACAGCUGAGAAACUGCUGCAGCAUCCUUUUGUGUCCCAGCCUCUCAGCAGGACGCUAGCAAUAGAACUUCUAGACAAAGCCAACAACCCCGACCACAGCACCUACAAUGACUUUGAUGACGAUGACCCUGAACCAGAGUCUCCGGUAUCUGUUCCUCAUCGUAUUCGUUCAACCAGCAGGAGUGCCAGAGAGGGAAAAACACUGUCAGAGAUUAACUUUGGUCAAGUGAAGUUUGAUCCUCCCUUAAGAAAGGAGACCGAACCUCAUCAUGAACCGUGUGAAUCUGAGCCCUAUCUGGACUGUGUUGAGGAGCUCUACUAUACCGCGAGAUCUAAUCUGGACUUGCAGUUGGAGUACGGGCACGAUUCACCAAGUCUACUGGGAGGAAACAAGAGUCUUCUCAAAUCUGUGGAGGAGGAGCUACAGCAGAGGGGCCAUGUGGCACACUUAGGGGAUGAUGAUGAGGAUGAUGAUGGUGCAGAUGAUGAUGAAACUCACACUCAUAAAUCAAGCACUAUCAUGAGGCCAAAGUUCCCACCUCCCCUUCCUCCCAAGCCCAAGUCGAUCUGCUCGUCCCAACCCCAGCAGCAGCAGCAGCAGCAGCAACUAAAACAUGACGACAGCCAAUCACACAGCGAGGACGACGGCGGAGGGGGAGGGACCAUCAAACGCUGUCCUGUCCCAGACACGCCGAGCCCCGCCAAGGCCGCCUCCAACGUCCCUCCGCGGCCCCCGCCCCCGAAGCUGCCGCCUCACCGCCGCAGUAGCCUAGGUAACGAGAGCCCGACGUGCGCGGACGUCGAAAACUCUGCUCCAGAGGAUGAUGGGAGCUUUAGGCAUUUCUGGGAGUGGCUCCACACGCCUCACACAGAGGAGGAGCUGGAGGAAGCAUGGGAGGUGCUGAAGGAGGUGAAAGAGGAGCAGGAAAAAGAGAAGGAAGAGGAAGAGAGUAACGGGUUGAACACAGCGCCACAUCCUCAUGGAGAGAGGGAGAGUCCAGCAGACAGACAGUCCACCAUGCCCCCUAGUGUCCCCAUACGGAAAGAUAAGAAGGACGUUCCGAAGCCAAUCAGUAAUGGUCUCCCCCCUACACCCAAAGUCCAUAUGGGUGCGUGUUUCUCCAAGGUGUUCAACGGCUGUCCUUUGAAGAUCCACUGCGCCACCUCCUGGAUCAAUCCCGACACCAGAGACCAGUAUUUGAUAUUCGGAGCGGAGGAGGGAAUCUACACAUUAAACCUUAAUGAACUACAUGAGACCUCCAUGGAACAGCUCUUUCCUCGGCGGUGCACUUGGCUAUAUGUCAUGAACAAUUGUCUCCUUUCCAUAUCUGGAAAAGCCUCACAGCUGUACUCCCAUAGUCUGAGCGGUAUGUUCGAACAGGCCAGACAGUUACAGAAAUUACCGGUAGCCAUUCCCACACACAAGCUGCCUGAUAAGAUGAUUCCCAGGAAGUUUGCGGUGUCCAAUAAAAUUCCAGACACUAAAGGGUGCCAAAAGUGCUGCGUAGUUCGUAACCCGUACACAGGCCAUAAAUACCUGUGUGGAGCCUUUCAGUCUAGUGUCAUGCUGUUGGAGUGGGUGGAGUCCAUGCAGAGGUUCAUGCUCAUCAAGAACAUCGACUUCCCGUUGCCGUGUCCGUUGGAGGUCUUUGAGAUGUUGGUGGUCCCAGAGCAGACUUACCCUUUGAUCUGUGUGGCGGUCAGUAAAGGCACCGAACUCAACCAGGUGGUCCGGUUCGGCACCGUCAACCCCAACUCUACCUCCUCCUGGUUCACAGAAGCAGACACACCACAGACGUGUGUGAUCCACGUCACUCAGCUAGAGAGAGACACUAUCCUAGUCUGCCUCGACAGGUGUAUAAAGAUAGUGAACCUCCAGGGCAGGUUGAAAUCCAGCAGAAAGUUGUCCGCUGAGCUCACCUUCAACUUCCAGAUUGAAGCCACAGUUUGUCUCCAAGACAGUGUACUGGCCUUCUGGAGGCAUGGCAUGCAGGGACGCAGUUUCAAAACCAAUGAGAUCACCCAGGAGAUCUCUGACAGCACACGCAUCUUCAGACUACUGGGAUCAGACAGGCGUUUCGACUGUAGAGAUCCAGACGCUGAGGAUAGAGGCCUUACUCUGCCCAGGGUGGUGGUGCUGGAGAGCAGGCCUACAGACAACCCUACUGCCCACAGUAACCUCUACAUCCUGGCAGGCCAUGAAAACAGCUACUGAGACACACACACACACACACAAACAGACACACACACACACAGACCCGCACAUAAACACACUCUCUAACAGCCUACAGCAGACACAGUCAGCCCAACCUAACCGCUAACCCAACCUCCUGCGUAACUGGGAGAUGAGCUGUUCAUGGGUGCAGAUGUUGAUUCCCAGUCGCAGACGUUU